UCUGGAACGCGGCCGUGCCCAUCAGAGUGUAAAGUGUGCUCGAACGGUGAUCCGCGUGCGAUUAUAGCCAGCAAUAACUCUCUUACACGUAAGAGAUCCACAAAAAUAAUUCGGACUUCGUUAUCGAUAGUGUGUGUCUGUGCGAGUGUUGCGUGUGAACGCGACUGGAGCAGUGCCGCUGCGUAAAGAAGAUACGAAACGUUACGAUGUCGGCCAAAACGAUGUUUUACGCGUUUUUCGUCUUUGCAUUGGUCGCGGUUUGGUCAGCCGCAGCUGUGCCACUGGCCGUCGACGACUUCUCGUCGCCGGCAAAUCUUAAAGAAAACCUUGAAAUUGAAACUCCGUUAGUAAGUCAAGAGCCUGAACAGCAGACGAAGGGAACGGAUGCGUCAGUUCUACAAACCGACAGGACUGAAUCAUCUCCGGAUGCGCAGCAGUCUAGUCAAACGGAAGAAGUGACCGUUGGAUCAGGAACUCCAGUGAUUGGAACUGAACCGGGUUUAUCGGAAGUUUCCAAGUCCGAAUCUGACGUUUCGACGACAGCCACCGUCGAACAAACGGAAAGCGUCACCGGAACAAACUCGCCUAGCCCCGUCGCAGAAACCAACUCUCCCAGCCCCAUCGCCGGAACAUUCCCUUCCAGUUCCGAUGCCAAACCCAACCCAUCUGUCCCUGUUUCCCAUCAACCAUCUAGACCGAACUACUCGGGUAGCGUGCAUUCUGUGAAAUUAGGACCAGGUAUUCCGUUCUUUUUGGAACUGAUACAGCCUUUCCAGCCUUUCCAGUCCUUCCGUCCAUUCCAACCUUUUCCUUCUAACACUAAUGAUCAACCAUUCAGGCACCAACCGAUACCGUUCGGCGCUCCCAUCGAUCCAUUCGCAAAUCCUAUGAAUACUCAACCUUUCAACCAGAUGGUUGAAGCAUACACCAAUGAGUUUAGAACUCCCGAAGUCAUAAUAUUAAAACCGAAAAGAAACGUCCGACUUAAUACAACCGCAAUGCCACCCAUUCCGUUGCUAAUGAACAUCAUGCUUAACGCUUUUCGGCAUCAUGAGCCGUCAGACAUGUUGGCAUCUUUUGACAAAAUGGGCUUCCCACCAAUGGAAAACUUGGGUGAAGUUCAGGAAGGCUCAGGCAAGCCCGUGAGGAAGACUACAUCCAAGACCGAAAUCAUUGACGGACACCAAGUCCAAAUAAACGAAACGACGGUCACCAAUGGAGACGCAAAUCACAAGAGUUUCUACCAUUUCAAAGAAAUUCAAGUGCUGCCCGAAGAGACGAACAAAAAAAUCUCAAAUGAAAAAAUUAUAUCGAUAGCUAAUGACGAUUCGGAGACGGAGAAAGUAGAGACGAACGAAAUCAAACCUAACCCGUCUGGUACAAUGCAAGCUAACGUUAACGACGACCGGAAGAACUUUAUUAAAAAGACACCCGAGCCUGUCUCGCUGGACGAUCACUUCCAGACCGCCGCGGCCAGUUACUACGCACCAUACGCUCCACUAUUCGGGCCCCACCAACCACCGACCGGUCCUUUGCAACAGAAACAGUACCACGGAUCGUAUCCGACACAGAACCAAGGGUUUUACCCGGCACCUAACCAAGGAUUUUACCCGGCACCGAACCCAGGAUUUUAUCCGGCACCAAACCCAGGAUUUUAUCCGGCACCGAACCCAGGAUUUUACCCUGCUCAGAACCAAGGAUUUUACCCAGCCCAGAACCAAGGAUCUCGUCCGUCUCAUCCACCCCCAAACCACGGAUCUCGUCCGUCUUAUCCACCCCAAAACCACGGAUCUCAUCCGUCUCAUCCACCCCAAAACCACGGAUCUCACCCAUCUCAACCACCCAUCAGCUUACACGGCGAUACUCUGGUUAACGAGCUUGCCGCUGCUCAACAACAAUCAUCCGGCGGCGUGGUGUUACCGCCCGAAGUAGAGUUUGUGGAUGUGAAUGGCAAACCGCAACCCAGCGGCCAGUAUCAUCACUACAACAGCAACAAAAUCAUCAACGAUAACGGUAAUCGCGGUCAUGACAAGUUUCCUGGCCGUAAGUACUGACUGCGGAGGGGUCCGAUUUAACUCGCGGUCGGUGUGUUAUGACUUAGUGUACUCAAUGAGUUAGGAUACGUAAAAUAAUAAUUUAUUAUAUCGAAUUGUGUAUUAUAGUAGUCUAUAAUGAAGGCUCUGUGUGUCGAACCGUUUUAUCGUUAACAUACAUUCAUAAUACAUUUAAAUUAUUUACACUGUACCUACCUAUAUAUCAUUAUAUCUAGACGGACUCCCGCAUCAGUGUAUUGUGUAAAUACGAAGUCAUCAUCGUUAUUCUGCAUCGUUUAAUAUCAGUUAUUUAUUAAAAAUAUUGUUUUUAUUUUUAUUUUUUUUGUACAUAUUUUUAUUCACACACAUAUAUUAUUAUAUCCUUUGUUAUAAGUACGUAUGAAGUAUAAAUAUUACCAUGUAUUUUACUUGUCCGCCCGCUAUAGAGACUCUCCGUAGAGCGUCGUUGUGGCCGCGCGUUCUCUCUCUCUCUCUUAUUUAUAAUAAUAUUAUCUGUGUACUGGCAGCUUAUUAUACCGGCAUCGCAUAAAUAAUAAAUAACCUCAUCGCUCUCGCAAUACUCACAUUUAAUUAAUGAAUAUAUUAUUUUAACGUGCAAACAGAAAUUUGUUCCACAUGGAUUUCAAAAGACAAAAAAUAUACCUAUAAACAUAAUAUAUUACACAAAAAAAUAAUUUUAGUCAAUAUCGUUCUUAAUCUAGACGCCAUUUACUGAUAUAUUUUUCAAUAAAUAUAAUUUUUUUAUGUUCAAGUGAUAUUCAGUCAAUUUUUGGCGUUAAUUUUAAUUCGUAUUAAUUAUUAAUUACUAUUGUAUAAUUUUUAGUUACUGUACCUAUACCUAAUAAUUAAUACAUAUAAUAUUAUGUUUCUAUAAUAAACCGUAAAGAUACCAAAGUUAUAAAAUAUUAUUUUAUUAUACAUUGUUUUUAUUUGUCCUUAAUUGUAUAAUAUUUUUGUAUUAAGCCUAACUAUAGAUUUUGCUCUUUAUAUUUUGCUGAAUUAUAGAUGAUGUUUAUUUCAGAUGUAUUCAUGUCAUUUCUGUAUUUAAAAAUUACAAUGCUAUAAUGCAUUCCUCUAUAUUAUUAUGUAUUUUAGACGAUGGUUGAUUGGACUCAUUAAUAAAAAUUCAACUAUAAUUAAGUACUUGAACACCAAUUUAUAUCUAAACUUAAUAUUUAAUGCUUAAUACUUUUUUGUAUAUUAUGUUGGAUAACAUUGAUCAUCUUUUAAGUAGGAUGUAAGAAAACAUUUUUUUGAAAAAUAAAUAAAUUGAAAUAAAUUUAAGGUAAUAUAUUUUUAGGUAUAUUGAUUUUAAAUGUAGAAACAGAUCACUGUAAAUUUACUAAAAUAACUAACAUUGGACUGUUAUUUGCUGUUUUGUAAAUUAAUAAAUAAUUCAGGUAAAUAGGUAAUUGACGGUUCGUAUUACCAUUUAAUUUUAGGUAAAUACAGAAUUGUAUAGAUUCUUUGAUAAUUUCUGUUAUGCAAUGUCAACAUUUAAAACUACAAAUUACGUCAUAUUGGUUACUAUUAUAAUAUUAUGUGAAUAAAUAGAAUGCAUUUUAAAUCUAUGUCAAGUUAGUGGACUACCUAUGAUGAUUUAAAAUACACGGCCUUUGUUAUAAGCAAUAUAUUCUAAAAAAUGUGUUUGUGAAAUUCUAACUAUUUUGUUAACAUGUAAUAAUAAUUUCUAUAUUAUUUGUUAUACCAGUCAAUAUUCCUGUUGCCAAUAUGAUAUUAUACAUGAGUGAUGAGCAGAUAUUUGACUACAAAUGCAUUGUAUAACAUAAUAUUGUAGCACUAUCGUUGAUUAUAGAAUAUGAAUAAUGAAUAAAUAUAUAAUAUUACAGCAAAUGCUUUAAUCAAUAGUACUAUGUAAUAUGCAUUAGGUAUGCAUUGCAGAAAGACUAUAGUAUAGUAUUAAUUUAACAAAAUAUUACGAAUUCUGUUUUUAACCGA